AUGCCCUCCUAUGCAAAGUUUCUAAAGGAGGUCAUAUCUAACAAGAGAAAGAUGGGAGAGAAUGAGACGGUCAAUCUAACCGAAGAGUGUAGUGCCGUUCUCCAAAGGAAAAUACCCACCAAGAUCAAGGACCCCGGGAGCUUCACAAUCCCUUGUGAUAUUGGGAAUGAUCGCUUUGGAAAAGAUUUGUGUGAUUUGGGAGCAAGUAUAAAUUUGAUGCCGCUCUCAAUCUUCAACAAAUUAGAGAUUGGUACCAUCAAGCCAACCACAAUUGCUCUUCAAAUGGCGGAUCGUUCCGUUUCUUAUCCAAAGGGGAUAGUAGAGGAUGUCCUAGUGAAAGUCAACAAUUUUAUCUUCCCGGUGGACUUUAUUGUUUUGGACAUGGUGGAGGACAAAGAUGUGCCUUUGAUUCUUGGACGCACCUUCUUGGCAACGGGAAGAGCCCUCAUUGAUGUUGCUAAGGGCGAACUAACCCUUAGAGUGAAUGAUGAGAGCUUCACCUUUUCAAUCCACAAGGCUCUCAAGUACAAGGAUGAAGAAGAAGAAAGGAGGGUGGAUGAAUGA